AGUCUUUCUGCCACUCACGAGGACCCCCUUUCUAUUUUCGGAGGUUUUGCUGUCAAAACGCGUCGGUUUUCACAAGAACCACGUUCAUGCGACUGGGAGUGACGGGCCAACGACGACGCUUUAUCAUGCCGCUAAUUCCAAGGACCAGAGCUGGCAGCAAUGCUCGGCCUCUGGUCUUGGGUCGGCCUAUCCUGCAUCGAAUUCAUGAUAGGCUGAACGACGUCUUCCAAGGCCUCAGAUGGCCACAUGUUGCGUACAAGACGCUGGCUUUGGGCUAUCUCAUCUUCAUGCUAUGGAUCGCUAGCUUCCUCCUUCCACUCGCUUCGGACGUUCUCUCUAAACCCUCCAAAAAGUUUCUCAUUAACCAUCAGAACUUUGACCAUUAUUUCGGCUCCUUUAAAGGAUUCUCAGAAUGUGGUAUCAGAGGACGCGAUCUGUAUAUGCCGACCUCAGAGGAUCAACAUGGUAGCCUCACUCAGGCCUCAUGUACAACUCGGCGAUCCCUCCUGACAGCGAUGUCUGGUGGCGGCAGAAUCGGUUUCGAUGCUCCAUACAUUCCCAGAGGCUGUCACUAUCGUUGGUUCACCAUCGCUGAGACUUGCAUGAUUUUAGAACGCUUCGACAGCCUGGUUUUUGUCGGUGACGACAGUCUCCAGUCGAUCUACAACGGCUUCAAUAUUCUUCUUCGGCAAGAUCUAAUUUUCGGUGCCAUGAGAGUCCAGGAAAUGGAGGGUGCCCUUCGUACUCAGUGUUGGUGUGAUUCCCAAUUCACCGCCAAAGCUUGCUCUCGUCAUUUUGUGACCGCUAGUCACCAAGUUCCCCAGGACGUGCUGGCCGAGGACAGCGUCUCUUUCUGCCGCCGCACGCCGCAUACCUUUCUCAGAAUCGAUGGUAACCAUAUGUCAUUAAACACCCUCAACAGCUUCAAGAUGAUGGUUCCUAGCGUUCCCCCAAGCAACUACAAGGCUGUUCCCAUCAUUUUAUCAUUGCAACCUGCGUCUUGCUCACAAGAGUCGGCAUCUAGGGCCCUUCUCGAGAUCCUCGGUCUCGCGGAUGAAUCGAAACGGAAAACUCCCAUGCUGUGGGUCGGCCCGUCUGCUGCAGGUCAUGUCGAGGUCAAGGACCGAAAAAGCAAUCAGGAGAUUUGGGAAUUCGAUAAGCAUAUGGAACACGUCGCACUUGAGAAUGACAUUGAGGUCCUCAAGAUGUGGAACAUGACAGUCCAAGCGGAGAGUUGGGAUGGAGUCCAAUUUGGCGAAAAAGUUGCUGUCACACAGGCAAUGAUGCUCAUCAACUGGCUAAGCCUUCUAGAAUCCAGUUGAGACUAAAGAAAUGUAAUGAUCCUCUCGGACCCACCAGGGGCUGAGUACUACCAUGACUUUGUGGAUUCUAGUGAUGAAGGCGUAGAGGAUGCAAGCCAGUUGCAGAUACGUAGAUGACAUGGUAGCGAAACAAAAGUUUGGCUUUCAGCCUGGUAUGCGCACG